CCCGAAAACAUCACAUUAGCCUCCUCUCCUCAGGUAUCGCACCCUGGAAUCCAUGCCAAGGACACGCCACAUGGCACUGAAGCUGAACAGCCUGUUAUUGGACAGGCCCGAGGGAAUGCAGAGGCCCAGGCUGUUAAAAGGUGGAGGCUGCGAUGUUGUUCCCUCUCAGGUUAGGAGGACGACGGAGCAGAAGACGCCAGAAGAAGUGAACCGACAAAGGAUAUAAGCUGCUACUCAUCCCCAUCAUCAAAGAAAUGACCAGUUCACUCCGCUUGGUCAUCCUGGUGGUGGCUUCAAUGGUGGUAGCAGUGGCCGAGGCGUCAACACCCAAGAAUCCACAGCGUCUUAGUAGGGCUAAGCCUACUAAGAAGCCCCCGCAGGGUGGGGAAACGUCUACAGUGUCACCUACCCGCCUGGGUGUCCACUUCACCACCACCAUGGCCGCCAUCCCGUCCAGCAGUGCCUUGCCCGAUGGGACGACAGAGUCCAUCACGGAUUCAUAUUCGUCUUCCACUGAGAGCAGCACCUACUCCAGCGACGCCUAUUCAGCUGACUACCACACGGAGGCCAUGUUGCCGCCUGGAAUGGGUCCCCGGAACUUCACUCUGGACUACAACGAGUGCUUCUUCAACUUCUGUGAGUGCUGUCCACCAGAGAGGGGCCCUCCAGGACCCAUCGGAGAGAAGGGGUCGCCAGGUGUUCUAGGGCAAAAGGGAGAGAUGGGACCUCAGGGAGCAACAGGUCCAGCAGGACUUCCUGGGGCUCCUGGACUGCAGGGUGAAAAAGGAGAUCCAGGGCAAGCAGGUGAGAAAGGGAUUCCAGGAAUACCAGGUUCAACUGGAAAACCAGGAGAUAAAGGUGAACCAGGUCUAAAAGGAGACAAAGGAGAUAUUGGUUUGCCUGGAUUAAAAGGUGAACUAGGGAACAAAGGGGAACCAGGUCAGAAUGGGAGCAAAGGUGAGAAGGGUGACAUGGGCCUGCAAGGACCGGUAGGACCUCCUGGACGAGAUGGGAUAAAGGGGCUAAAGGGUGAAAAAGGAGAAAUGGGGGACCGAGGAACAAUAGAGAAGGGGGAGAAAGGUAACAAAGGUGAACCUGGGCCUCCAGGCCCUAAGGGAGACAUGGGCAAGCCAGGACCGAAUGGCACAGAGGGACCUCCUGGAAUAAUGGGCGAAAAAGGAGAAACAGGCUCUCCAGGUCCACAAGGAAAGCCAGGUAAAAGAGGACAACCUGGACCACCAGGGCAAAGGGGCAUGCAUGGCAUGAAAGGAAUGCGAGGUAUGAAAGGGGUACGUGGCCAAAGGGGAUUGAAGGGCUCAAAAGGAGAACCAUUCAUUCAGAAACGCUCUGCCUUUAGCGUAGGACUCUUCCCAAGCAGAUCCUUCCCUCCGCCUGGCCACCCAGUCAAAUUUGACAAAGUCAUCUACAACGAGGAAGGACACUGGGACCCCUACAUCAGCAAGUUCAACUGCACCUAUGGAGGCGUCUAUGUGUUUUCCUACUACAUCACCGUUCGCAGCCGUCCUUUACGGGCCGCCUUGGUAGUGAACGGGGUCCGUAAACUGCGCACUCGCGACUCCCUCUAUGGCCAGGACAUCGACCAGGCCUCCAACAUGGCACUGAUCCGACUGUCCUCCGGUGACCAGGUGUGGCUGGAGACACUGCGGGACUGGAACGGAAUUUAUUCCAGCAGCGAAGACGACAGUACCUUUUCCGGCUUCCUGCUCUUUGCCGAUGCCACCAAGGAAUGACCACUGAAAACACCUGAGAAUGGACCUUUUGCUUUACGACACAUGCGACCAGUGCCUGUUGCAUCAGAAGCUACCUAUUUUACCGAGCCUCAUUACCGAAGCCUCAUACGCUUACUAACACCACCUGACUAGCUACUAAUAACUCUGCUUCGGGCCGUAUCUUCUGAGUUUCAUAUCAGAGAGCACCUUCAGGGAUGAUUUUUCCAGACACUGACUAAUUUGUGUAACAGAAUUUUCAUUUUGUAGGGGAUAUGUAGGGGAUAGAAUGGAGUUCAUACCUUCUUGUUGAAAUGCAAUCAUUAUGGGGAAAAAUGUGGAAGGCAAUGCGUGCGUUAUUUUGUAAAGUGGGCCAGAAACCUUUUCUAUGUUUAUAACAGUUACAGCCUCCCGACUCCAGGGUCCCUGGUUCGAGCCUGAGCUCAAGUUACUGACUGUCUGGAGUAUUGCAUGUGUUUUCCACUGUAAUGAUUGCAUCUCAAUAUGACAUAAAUUCCUCUCCACAUCAGCACUGCUCAUAUACAUAGCUUCCUGUUUGUACAAUAAAACAAAACGUGGCACUCGAUCACUGUGUUGUUGUUUUCAUUUCCUCUCUGAGCGGAAGACUUUAUGGAGAGAUUUGGACAACUAAACAAAGACACAAA